CCCAUGUGCGUUUAGCAUCAAUUCAUCAGCUAGAAGUUCGAAAUGGGGGUCAAGUUUUUAGUCCUUCUCGGUGUUGUCCUGGCCUCUCUUGUCUUCCAGGACGUGGCAUUUGCUAGAGAGCUCACUGAGGCCAAUAAUGAGGAUGAGGGAAAGAACAUGAAACAAGGAGGAAUGACUGAAUUAAAGGAUGAGAAAUGGGGAGGUGGAUAUAAUGGAGGAUAUGGAUAUGGAGGUGGGUAUGGUGGUGGAUAUGGAAAACCGGGCUAUGGUGGUGGAUAUGGUGGAGGAUACAGGCCCAAAUAUGGCAGGGGCUACAGGUCCGGAUAUGGAUACGGUGGCGGGUAUGGUGGAGGAUACGGUGGCGGUUAUGGUGGGGGAUAUGGUGGCGGUGGUGGCUAUGGAGAAGGUGGAGGCUUUGGAGGUGGGCAUGGUGGUGGUCGCUAUCCUGGUGGUGGAGGGCACCAUGGUGGUGGAGGGCACCAUGGUGGAUGGAAUUAAGAAGCAUUGCUACAUAAAGUUUCUCUAUGUCCGAUAACAAUAAAUGGCGACGAUAAAUUUGAAUGCUACAUGUAGUUCCGUGAUGGAAAUCUUAUGUAUUUUGUAUAAAACAUGGUACAUGGACUGUUACGUAUGUUGCAUGAAAUACUGUACUAGAAUAAGAUCUUUGUAUGCCAUGUAUGGUAUUAGUGUGCAUGUGUCUGGCUUUUGAAAGGUGUACCUCGUCAUUUAUGGACUUAUAUGUAUGUAUAGAUAAAAAUAAUAUUUUUAUCAA